GCUCCCCCUCAGCAGCGAAGUCUCCCUCCGUCCGGACUAACGCUGCUGGAUUAACUUCACCCACAUCGUCACGACGGCUUUGGUCCUGCGAGUGUCCACUCUUCACAGAACUCUUUUUUUGCUGUGUUUUCCUUGGACGUAUUCGACAAACGAGCGGGGAAGAAGUAAAAUGCGCCUGAUCCACAACAUGACGACCAUCGCGGAGUGUCCAGCGGCCGAGCCGCCGCUCCACAACCGGGUCAUUAAAAUAGCAGUGAUCGGAGGCAGCGGGGUCGGAAAAACAGCGCUCGUGGUGAGAUUCCUGACGAGGCGCUUCAUCGGAGACUACGAGAGAAACGCCGGUAACCUGUACUCCAGAGAGGUCCAGGUGGACGGAGAGCAGGUGACCAUCCAGGUGCAGGACACCCCCGGUGCAGAGAUGACGGAUAACGGCGUCAGUCUCCCGGACCACGUGACCAGCUCCAUCCAGUGGGCCGAUGCGGUGGUGCUGGUCUACUCGGUGACCGACCGGCGCAGCUUCGACCAGAUCGAGCACCUGCACCAGCUGGUGGCCCGGGCCGGCGGCGCCAACGCGCCCUCGGUCAUCCUGCUGGCCAACAAGGCGGACCUGGUGCACCUGCGGCGGGUGGACCCCCAGCAGGGCCCCCUGCUCGCCGGAGCCCUGGGCUGCUCCUUCUACGAGGUGUCGGCCAGCGAGGACUACAGCCAGGUGCACGACGCGUUCCACAGGCUGUGCUGCCAGCUGGCCAAGCAGCAGCCGCCGCCGCCGCCGCCCGCCUCCAACUCCUCAAACAGCUCGGCCGGCGGCGCCACGGAGAAGAGGCGCUCGCCGCUCAUCCCCAGGCCGAAAUCGCCCAACAUGCAGGACCUGAAGAGGCGUUUCAAGCAAGCGCUGUCCGCUAAAGUCCGGACUGUCACCUCGGUGUGAGGACCAGCAGUCAAAGAGUGGUUCAGAGUGGCCACAGAAAACACGAAAGCUUAACAUGUGAGGGGCAGAGAAGAUUGUCGCCCCUUGCACUGACGUCCUGUUCCAGCCUGGCUGAAGAGGGCCGGGGUGAGAUGAACAGUGGUGUGUUCUGUACAGCGGGAGGCAGACGAGUCUUUACAGAGGCGAUGACCUCUGAGCGGGAAGGUUUCUGUCCUCACAGGCACCAGAGUGUGAGGAGAAGCAGCGAGGAGGCUCAUCGUCCCUUCAGGAGACAAAGCGAGGACACAGAAGCAGCGGAGUGAGGCUGUCUGCACGCCUCAUCUCCUAGCAACAGCAGCUCUCAAGGACUCCACUGCUUGGUUUCUUUUGAGCUGUGCUGCCCGUUGUGGUAAUUCUGAACUCAGACUGCCACCACUCGGCUCCGCUGGUGCCUGUACAUACAAUUUAAUACCAGACACUCGAGCCAGAGCUCUGUGCAGCUGUGGGUUGGGUUGGGUCAGCGAAAGCAGCAUGUAGCAUGUGGCGUUUAUUAUCACUGAUGCACUUUAUGAAAAGAAAUAGUCCAAAUAAUGGCCUAAUCGUUAUUUAUUUGUUACACGUUCACUUUUCGUCCACAAUAAAAUGAUGAUGAACUUGA